AUGUAUUUGCCUCAACUUUAUAAAUACCAAAUACAUUCAAUUGCUCGUCAAAUUGAAAAUGUCAAUGCAGAAGAAACCUACUCAAUUCCACCACAACGAAGUUCACAGGGUGUUCCGGGCAAACGUGGGCCACCUGGUGAAAUUGGCCCAAAAGGAUCACAAGGGCCCAGAGGCCCAAAAGGAAUUGUCGAUUAUGAAAGAAUGAAUGCAGCAAUAGAAUCAGCGAUAAAUGAUCUGCGGACAGAAACGGAAGAGAAGAUGAAUAAAACCAUGAAUGAUCUUCAGCAGAGGAUGGAUAAAACAGUCAGCUGUGAAGUCAUUCACAAGAAUAAUUGCUAUCGGAUGAUACUUCGCGAAACCCAAAUGAAUUUUGACCGAGCAACACAAGCCUGUAGAGAUAUUGGGAUGGAUAUUGGAUACAUUGAAGAUGAAACACAUUACCAAAAAUAGCAGAGUUAGUCAGAUCAAAAUCAACAUCACCUGGUACGGGAUACUGGACAGGACUAUUGUACAAAAACUCACAACUUGUGACACUUUCUGAAAUCCAUCACCGUUCACUAAAUGGUAUCCGGGUACACCCAAUAGUGG